GUCAGAUUAAUUUGUCGUUCCGUAGGAACACAUUUCAACUUGAAAUCCUUUCCUACCACAAUAAUCAAAAAUGACAAAGUGGACAAUCUUUUUAUUAAUGACGCAAUUUAUGUUGACUUAUUCCUAUCUUGGUCAGCAAAGAGUUGUAAAAAUUAAAUUCAUUUCUGGGUCGAAGCAAAAUAUUACAAAGCGAUUUCAAAUAAUCAAUUGUUGUGGAGAAAAAUCUUGUAAUUCUGGAUUUCUGAACAAAACUACAAGAGGUACUGCAAAGGUGAGCGCAAGGACUUCACAAGACGUUUUUACUUCUGUCAAAGAAUCUAACCCAGAGCCAACUACUGGUGAAACAGUAAUAACAACCAAUGGAGUGCUAAACACUCAACAACCUAUUGAAAACACAUCGACUGAUAUUACAUCAUCUUCUGAUGCUUUACCGACUGGUUCCUUGCCGCAAGAAACAAUGCAAAAUACUACCCCCGUUCCCGAACUUCCCACAUCUGCACAAACGUUGCCCCCAGAAACGUCCCCAUCAAACACAAACCCUGCAGUUGCCGAAACCAGUCCAGCACCAACUGAAACAACGACAUUAAUUACAACAACUACAAUUAUUACAACUACAACUACAGUCACAACAACCACAACUCUCCCGCCAACAACUACCUCUAGUUGUAUCUGUCCAACCCUUACUUGUGCAACGGAGAACCAGAAGAAAGAUGAAGCUAUAAAAUGGAUUUCUGCUAAUGGCGUAUUCAGACCAGCGUGCAAAAAGCAAUACUUCGUCAGCACAGCCUCGCUAACUCGGGACAAUGCAGCCAUGGAAUGUUGCAAAUAUGGCAUGGAGCUAUUAAAUAUUAACAGCCAAACUGAACUUGGUUGUUUGGAUGCCAUGAAUAAAGGCAAUUUCUCGCUUGUUUUAACCAUGAAAAAGAUUUAA